UACCAAAUCUAACACACGACAAUUGAAAAUUUAUAUUCUCAGAAUAACGAUGGUAAAAAAUACAAAAUGUUUAUAUGAAGUCAUAUCAACAUACUUAGAUUAUAAAUAAAAUAUCUAUAAAAAUAUAGAGCGCCAAGUUUAUGAAAUUUAUAAUAAUGAUAAUAAUAUGUAUAAACGAUGGACCGAGUUUCGAACGAUACAACAAUACCAUAUAGCAUCAUAAAGAGAAUUAGUGAUCGCGUCGAUUCGACGCUUGUUUUCAGCGGUACCAGCGCGGCGAAGGAUCAGUUUGGCAAGUAAACACACAUCUCUGUAACCAACAUUUGAGCAUCGACUAAGAAUAAACUUUACCUAUUGGUGGUUUUUAAGUGAGGAAAAAAAUAACUGAUCAUUUUGUUUUGUUUACUGUAAAUAUUCAUAGACAGUUCCGUUGUUAAUAUAAAAAAUAAAAAAUCGUGAUGCUGACCGUAGCCGAUCUGGUGUACCGGCGUCUGGAGCGUCUAGACGCGGAAAAAAAUUUAGCCGAGAGCAACGACGAUUUUCGACGAUGCUUAAAGAUACAGAGGGGGAUUCACGACAUGCAUUAUUUAACGAAAAAGAAUCUGAAAAAGUUCCAAACGGUCUUGGCGGAUCACGAUAAACGCUGCUCGUUGCCGCUUCUCGCCUUGAUUCGCAAAAAUCGAUUGCGAAAGUACAAGCCAAAUUGUAGCUCGACACAAAUUCGAGAAUUCCAGAAAGCGUGGAAGAACACGCACCGUAAUCUGUACAAGUUGUUAGACUUUUUCACUUAUAUUUCCAACGAUACCGACGACGUUUUGGAAAUUGAUUUAUCGAUCAAAGACAUCGGUCAAAUUAUGUCAUCGUUCGAUGCCAUAGUGAAUAAUAUGGAAAUUGCUGUCGACCGAAUCACUAUGAUCAACGAGGAAUUUGCCAACUUGUGCAUUCUUUUCGAUGAUAUAAUGCUAGACAAAAGCGUUUGAUUGAUUUUAUUUGUACUAGUUGAAUUUUUGAAGCUUUUAUACGCUGUAAGCUUGUAUUGAUUGUUUCGGAAUACUUAGUCGUAGAAAGAGUUUUAUUUUUAUUUUAGGCUUAAUAAUUCUUUAAUGGAAAAUUUGUACUCAACUUAAAAAUUAUCUGUAAAUCAAAAUUUAUAGAUAAUUUUUUUUUAUCUGUUUUUUACUUCAAAUGUAUGAUUCACGUUACGGAAUAUUGCACAAUUUGUAAAUACGAGUCUUCCUGUUUGUGUUACUGUUUUAGCGACUAAUUGAGAAAUGAAAUAAAAAUUAUUUGAAUCGUA